UGUAUAAUAAACCCGGAAUGAUUUUUUGUUGUUUACCUACCAUUUAAAAAUAAGACCAUUUGUUUGUGUUCACAAUUUGGUGAAUUUGGUGUACCACAAGAAAUGAAGGUACUCACACUUCUUGUUGUGCUGCACACAUCAGACGCUUUCUCGCUUAACAAAGAGUGGGAAAACUUCAAGAGAAAAUACGAGCGGCGUUACCCAAAUUUGGAAGAAGAAAACUUUCGUAGAGCAAUUUUUGAAAAAACGUUCCAAGAAAUCAAACAUCACAAUGAAAGAUACAGGAAAGGACUGGAAACGUAUUAUUUGCGCAUCAAUGACUUGAGCGACUACACCGACGAAGAAAUGUCCUGUUGCUCCGAAAAAGCACCAAAACCAUCCAUCACGAUUUUGCCAAAUGUGAGCACCAGUUCGAGACAAAACCUCCCAAAGAUGGUCGAUUGGAGACUCCGAGGAGUUGUAACACCGGUGAAACAUCAAGGAAAAUGUGGCACUUGUUGGGCCUUUGCCAUUAUAGGCGCCACAGAAGCCCAGUACAGAAUCCACCGAGGGUCUUUCGUAAUUCUAAGCGAGCAACAGCUGGUCGAUUGUGUGCGUGAAGUUAGCAGUUGUAGGGGAGUUUAUCUCCACGAAACUUACAAGUACAUUGUCAAAAGUGAGGGAAUUAAUUACGACCAGGACUACCGUUACCAAAGUGCACCUGGAACUUGCCGUUUCCGAGCAGACAAACCGAAAAUUACGUUUAGAAAAUACGCUUAUUUGACUGCAAUCAGCGAGGAAGACUUGCAAUGGAUUGUGGCCAAUGUUGGACCAGUAACUGUGUCGUUUGAUGGUCGUGGUAAACAGUUCAAGAGUUACAGUGGCGGAGUGUUUUAUAACAAGACUUGCACAAGGAUGAAGACCCAUGUUGCUGUCCUUGUUGGGUAUGGGACGGAAAACGGAGAGGAUUUUUGGUUAGUGAAAAAUUCCUACGGACCACAGUGGGGCUUGGAUGGGUACGUUAAAAUAGCCAGGAAUCGGAACAACCACUGUGGGAUUACCAACAGAAUCACUUAUCCUAUUUUUGAUUAAAGGUUGUUUGUGCUAAAUAAAAUUUUCAAACUUUC